AUGUACAUAAAUCUAAUUCUCGGGUUAUUAUCAUGUGCCCUUGCUCUGCCAAACCCUGACCCUGAAUCUGCAUCGAACACAAUUUCGAAGAUGGAUUGCACAAACGGAGUAUUCAGUCCAACAUGUCUAAAAAUUGGAGUAGUGUCUUUAUUCGAGAAGCUUAAUAACAGAGACGAAGUGAUUUUCAUACCUGGUGUUAGUCUUAUUAAAGACAAAAGUGACUUGAAAACUGGAGCAGUAGCUGAUGAAUUAGCCAAAUCUCUGCCAUCGGAUUCAGUUGAAAGACUUGAUAAGUUUCUGCUUUAUCAAGUCGGGACAUUUCUGGAUACUCAUGCAGUGAAAUUGAGACUUUUAGAUGAUGGGGCAGCUGAAGAAGCAAGGAGUAUGAUUGGCGAAGCCCGAGGGAAGAAUCCUUUGUCGAUGGGAGGCAAGAAGGGUGGUAUGGGGGGAUUGAUUGCUAUGGCUAUGAUGAUGAAAGUACACACGUGUACUUAG